AUGGCACAGUGCACAUGUCUGUCCCACAAAGGCACGGUGCACCUUGGUGUCCCAUAUAAUGGCAUGGUGCACAUGUCUGUCCCACAUAAAGGCACGGUGCACCUGUCUGUCCCACAUAAAGGCACCGUGCCCCUGUCUGUCCCACAUAAAGGCACGGUGCACCUGUGUGUCCCAUCUAAAGGCACGGUGCACCUGUCUGCCCCAUAUAAAGACACUGUGCCCCUGUCUGUCCCACAUAAAGGCACGGUGCACCGGUCUGUCCCAUAUAAAGGCACGGUGCAACGGUCUGUCCCAUAUAAAAGCACGGUGCCCCUGUGUGUCCCAUAUAAAGGCACGGUGCAACGGUUUAUCAAAUAUUUACCUAUUGCGGAAAGAGAGAUGAGAGAACUGGAGGGACGGAAGGAGGAGGUGGAGCUGAGGAGGAAAAAGGAGGAAACCGAAAGAGUGAUAGCACAAAAUAAAAGGAAAGCUGAACAGAGAAGGCGUAGAGAUGAAAAGAGGGAAGCAGAAUACGAAAAGCAAACGCAGGAAGUAAUCAGGAAGGACAAGAUUAGAGAGGAACAAGAAAAGAAACAAAAGGAGAGACGUUUGUUGAAUGACAUGCUGAAAGAGAUAGCGGAGGAAGAGGAGGAGGAAAAUAGGAGAAGAAAGGUCGAGAAAGAGGAGGAGAAACUUAAGAAGGCGAAAGGGGAGGAGGAAAAGGAGAGGAAGAGAAAGGCAGAAGAGAAGAAGGCAGGAACUGAGGAAGAGGAGGUGGCGAAGAAAAGGGAGAAAUAUAGGAAGAGGACGGAGAUGAAAGAGAGAAAGAAAGCGGCAAGGAAGCAGAUGCAGGAGGAAGUGAGGACAGAGGAGCAGGAGGAUGUGAGGACAGAGGAGGAGGAACUGAGGAUAGAGGAGCAGGAGGAUGUGAGGACAGAGGAGGAGCAGGAGGAACUGAGGGCAGAGGAGGAGGAAGUGAGGACAGAGGAGGAGCAGGAGGAAGUGAGGACAGAGGAGCAGGAGGGGAAUGGUUUCAUGAGGAGAAAGCUAAAGGAAAGCGAAGACGAACAACGGCAAGAAAUGGAAAGCGAAGAGGAAGAGGAAUAUCAGCCGACUGAGGAGGAGAUGGAAGAAGCUAGAGAGGAAGCUAGGGAGGAAGCUAAGGAGGAAGAGGGACCUGACAACAACCGCAAGAGACGACGACCAGACAGUGCUGUCGGUGAGGUGGAGGACGACGCCUCCGUCAUCUUCAAGAAGCGGGAGCGGAACAUUUUAAGCCCUAUCGCUCGUAUCCGCGGGAUGUUCGCAGGGUGUUCGCAGGGUGCUAGCAGCGAAUUCGCGGCGGGUUUGCGGCGAGUUCGCGGCGGAUCCGCUCAACGAAUCCGCUGUCACAGUCCUUCAAUAAUAGGCGACGUGGAUUCAGUUUGA